AUGAUCUCCAUCGGACUGAGACUUGGAGAAGAGGUGGAGCGCACACUGGACUCGCUAGUUGCUCAGGAGCUUUUGUUCUUGAACCACGAGACACGGAAAGCAUCUGAAUCGGCUCAGAGGACGUUGUCAGGCGAGUUAUUUUUCAAUAACAACAGCAAGCACAAGAGAUCAAGCUCCGUACGCACGAGUGAGACUGUGGCAGAGCGGCGCUACUCGCGGCAGCCGUCCUAUCGAUCCCUAUCACCUGAGCAGCAGCACCUCGCUCUGGUGGAAAACACACUUAAGCUGCUGUUCCAGUGCGAGUAUCUUGCUCUGAUGGAGUACGUCGAGUGCGCAGUUCCAGUUCUGUACGGCAUUUAUCUGUCGGUCUUGUGCCAGCUGCAGAACCGACAGUACUACCCACAGGUCCAGGGUAUGACGCCCGAUCAGCUCGAGGCAAUGCUGACGACCAUGGCGGUGUACGUGGCGCUGGAGAUUUCCUCCUUUAUAGCGAUGCACGUCCUUCUCGAGCGCAAAUUCAAGCUGGCGGCGCUGUUCCAUGUGGCGUUUGUACUGGAGACACACGCCAGCCAAGUCCAAAGCCGCCUGUUCGUCUGGAUCGUAUUCAUCCUGCAGCUCGCGCUGCAGCACUACGGCGUGGACUUCACCUGCCGCUUCACCUGGGUGUCUUAG